AUGCCUGAGACAACGCGCGUUAAGUCAUGGAUAUACUCAAAACCCUCCUAUCCAGAUACUCUUGUCCUGUCGACGACAGAUGUUCCUUCCACACCUUCUCCUGGCCACAUUCUCGUACAAGUUCAAGCCACCUCAUUGAACCCGGUGGACAUUCAACUGAUGAAUCUGCCAUUACACUCGUUGCCCUAUCUUAACGGACCGAAGGUGCCUACGCGAGACUUUGCUGGCACGGUACUGGCUGCUGGCCAGGGCACUGAAUUUGCAAAGGGUGACGAAGUCUACGGCAUUACGGUGGCUCUGGAUGGCACCGGGUUCCUGACCGAGGUCGCUCACAUUGACACCAAGAAGGCCUGCAUCAUCAGAAAACCAAAGCAUCUUUCUUGGAUACAAGCCGCUAGCCUUCCCUUGGUUUAUCUAACGGCACGGACUGUUAUCGAAAAGUGCAAACCCUUCAUGAAGUCCUCCAUUCCGUCCGAGAACAAACUAGCUGUGCUCGGCGGCUCUUCUUCCACGGGCAUAUAUACCAUCCAGAUUGCGAAGUCUCUGGGUUGGACGGUGUUGGCCAGCUGCAGCGGCCGGAAUGUCGAAUAUGUGAAGGGCAUGGGUGCCACCGAAACCGUCGACUACACCACCUCUCCCACCGCGGUCGUGGAUGCUGUCAAGAAAUUCUCGCCGCACGCUAUUGCCGAUUGUGUCGGUGGCACAGACUGUAUUGGACUCGCGCCCCAAUAUGUGACCAUCGUGGGAGACAAGACUUCUCGAUCAAGUGUGGGCGGUAGUGCGUUGUACCUGACGCACCCCCGGAUGGUCCUCAGGUGGCUUUUGGGCCGCCUGGGGCUCGGCAACUCAUACGAAUGCAUCCUACUUGAUGCCAGGAAGGAGUGGCUGGAGGAAACAACGAAGCUUGAUCCGGAGAAAGAUAUCGUUAUCGACAGUGUGUUUGACUUUGGGAGGGCAAAAGAAGCCUUCGAACGGUUGAAUACCGGACAUGCGAAGGGCAAAGUCGUAGUUGAGAUACGACAAUCAUGA